GUUCACAUGAGACACAGCCUCCCCAACCACACACACAUCUCUCAGCAAUCCACACACAACCACUUACAGACAAUUACACUCGCCUCAAGCUUCCUGUCAAAGCCAAUCAUCACGGCAGCUCACAGGCCUCCUAAAGAUCGUUCACAUUGUCCCUAUUAUCAUGAGUAUACUUCAGUAUUCUACAGGUGAAGACAAUGUCAGCAUGGAUGACAACAUGGAGUAUUCCACCAUGGAUUAUGGCGGCUUCCCGACAGUCUGUCAAAAAGACGAUGUCAGAAGCUUUCGCUCGGCCUUCCUGCCCGCGAUGUACUCAGUCAUCUGCCUGGUGGGACUUGCAGGAAAUGGACUGGUCAUGAUCAGGUACUUGUACUUUAACAGGCUGAAAACUGGGACAGACUACUAUAUGCUCAAUCUGGCCAUAGCGGACAUUGUGUUCCUGCUGACCCUUCCCUUCUGGGCAGUGAGUGUUGCAAAGAACUGGGUUUUUGGCAAUGAAAUGUGCAAGAUAAUUUACUGCCUCUACAAAAUGAGCUUCUUCAGUGGGAUGUUCUUGCUCAUGUGCGUCAGCAUGGAGAGAUACUUCGCCAUUGUCCAAGCUCCAUCAGCUCAUCGUCACAGAUCGAAGACGGUGUUGAUCAGCAAGCUGUCCAGCCUUGGCAUCUGGGUCCUUGCCUUUUUGCUUUCCAUUCCCGAGCUCCUUUACAGCGGCUUGAAGGACAACCAUGGGGUGGGCAUGUGCAUUAUAUUUUCUGACAACAUUCAGAGCCUGAGCUCCAAGUUGAAGAUCUCCCAAAUGUUCUUUGGCUUUUUCCUGCCUUUGAUCAUAAUGGCUUCAUGUUACUACAUGAUCAUCAGAAAGCUCCUUCAAGCACGCAAUUUUGAAAAGUACAAAGCCAUUAAAGUUAUCAUUGCUAUCGUCAUCGUCUUUGUCACUUUCCAACUUCCAUACAACAGCGUCAUGUUGAUAAGGACCCUUAAUAACAGCACAGAUUGUGACACCAGCAAGAAUCUGGACUUUGCCGACGACGUGACGUAUAGCCUUGCUUGCCUCCGUUGCUGCCUCAACCCCUUCCUCUAUGUCAUUAUUGGAAUUAAGUUUAGGAAUGACCUGUGCAAGCUCUUCAAGGAUAUUGGUUGCCUGAGCCAUGAAAAGUUUACAGAAUGGUCAUCAACCAAGCCAAGCAAGAGGACAUCUUUCGCCAUGGACACAGAGACAACCACCACCUUUUCUCCAUGAGAAUUUCUGUAGAAUCCUUCUGCAUAUUAUUUAGUGAAAUCCCUCUACGUUUUGACAGUCUGUGUGACAAGGUCUACUGGGAAAGAUUGAAAAGGUUGCUCCUUUAGAGGAACUUGUAAUGAAGAGUUAAUAUCUGAAAAGAAUGUUGUUGUCAAGUAUAUAUGGUGGGCAAGCUCCCCCAAAAUAAUCUUAGACAAAGUUGUUUGGUACAUACAUAGUGAUUAUGUAUUUGUACAAUGGUUUCAGCAAUACAGAUUGUAUUUAUGUUGUACCCAUGAGAUGCCAUGAUCAGCAGAGAUAUGUUCGGCAAUUCCAUGUGGGGUGUUGGUAUAUGUUGCAAACUUCAUUUUUGGGGGGGUUUAUGCAGAUUGCUUGAAUGUCAUAAAUAUGUAAGAUAUAAUUAUACAACAGCUGCAAAGCAACUCAUAGCUUUUAUUACAAGUGCAGCUGACACAUCCCAUAAAGUUUAUUUAUAAUAAACAUAAUUUUGUGAUAUAUAUGAAAGCAAAUGCAAUUACUUACAAUGGCAGUGUGUGUGUGUACCUGUAAAUGAACAUACUGGCCUGUUUCUCCUUUUUUUCUCUAAUGCUCUCCUAGCAGCCUUCUAUAUGGCCUUUGCCUAAAAAAUAUUAAGAGAUGAAUGUAAAGGUAUUUUCCUGUUUGUUUUAUUUGUUUCUAUUAUAAUGCUGCUAGCUCAGCUUCAGUUUUAGUCUUGCAACAAAACUCCCUUAUUCUCAAGGUUUGGGAGGAAGGCAAAAAUUUGAUUUGCCCUUCUCCCUAGUUGCUCCUAACUAGUUUAGUAUUAAUAGAAAAUAAGUGUUAAUAUGAAUAUAUUAUGUAUUUGUAUAUCAUGAUAAUACCUGUAAAUAAAGUGGAAUCCAUAACUCUCUGA